AUGAAGAAGGAAAUCAUGAUCUUGCUCAAUGGCGACACAAUUCCCCAGCUCUUCUUCACCAUUAUCCGCUACGUCCUCCCCUCCGAGGACCACACCGUCCAGAAGCUUCUCCUCCUCUACCUCGAGAUCAUUGACAAGACAGAUUCCCGAGGCAAAGUUCUCCCGGAGAUGAUCCUCAUCUGCCAGAACCUCCGCAACAAUCUCCAGAGCCCUAACGAGUACAUCCGCGGCGUCACGCUCCGAUUCCUCUGCCGAUUGAACGAGGUCGAGAUCGUUGAGCCGUUGAUUUCGUCGAUUCUGGCGAAUCUGGAGCACAGCCACCCUUUCUUUCGACAGAACGCCGUCGGCGCAAUCAUGUCUGUGUAUAGGCUUCCGCAGGGUUUGGUCUUGAGCCAUAGCUUCGUAAACCAUGUGGUAAUGUCAGUAUUGAUAACGUACCUCACGUUUGUAAUUUGGAGCCGAUCAAAUGACAAUUAUCAGCUGGCUGCUAUAGCUAUAAAUGUGCUAGAUGGGGUAUCAUCCAUCAUGGUGUGUGUCCUUGUUCACAUCUCAUACAAGGUCGGUCCCUUUAAGGUGAUUGCCACCACAAAUGCUGCCUAUAUUCUUGGACUAGUUCUAUUGUGGAGUUCAUCCAAGUAUGUGGGCUCCGAAUCCAAUGCAUCUGAUAAAAUAUUCUACGGAGCCGGCUUACUGUUAGCACUAGGCGAGGCUGGACGGCCGGCUGCUUUGGGUAAAUUUCUCGAGGACCAAUAUUUAAGUGAAGCAGAUCACAAGAACAAAUUACCCGAAACAAGAAUAAGUACCGAUCGCGAAGAACAAAAUCAUAUUUCGACCAGAAAGGAAGAACAAGAAGAUCCUAGUUCAAUCAGUAGAGAAGAAGAUAAGCAGAAGCGAAAACGUGUGGAAACCCGUCAAGCCGCUUUGUGGAGCCAUCCCUGGUUCAUAGGUGCGGCUGCACCUCUUGCCCUUGUAAAUAGAUCUUGGCCAACUCAACUACUGCUCUCAAUGAUCGCGGUGGGAGUUUCUUACUUAUUGUUCUGGUAUGGCGUCUUCGAGUAUUCCAGAAAUAUUAGAAAUGAAUCAAAUGAUCCAGCAGGAAGAGAUUCUGGACUUUGCCCAGCCAUCAAAAGUCUCUCACCAUCAGAAGAAACAGCAAGCUGGAAGUCUCGGCUCAAACCCAUUUCCAGAAAACAAUUGCUAGUCAUGUGCUUAGCCUUCAUUGUAUACAGUCUGGUGAAGGCAACAGGGAACACCUUCUUUUUCGAUCAAAUGAAUCUACUGAACUAUCACAUCGGGAACUUUGAAGUGCCCAUCAUAUAUUUCGUUAUACUCGAAUCCUUGUCAAGCUCCGUAAUCUCAUUUCUCUGGAGGUUACUAGUUCCAAAUCAGUCAAAAAGUGCUACGUUGGUCAGGAUCGGCUGUGGUUUAGUUUGCUCAGUGCUAUGUAUGGUUGCUGCUUGGCAAGUUGAGAUUCGUAGGAAAAUUAAGAUCAAUACAGAAUAUAGUCAAUAUACAGGUGACCCCGACCAGAUGGAAAUUUCCAUGAGCAUUCUUUGGUUAAUUCCACAAUUUUCCCUGUUAGGGUUUAUGAGAGGGUUAGCCGCAGAUGGAUUGAUCGAGUUUUGUGCGGAUAGAGUUGAUGGUAAUGAUAAAAGAGAGGCCAGGUAUUAUGGAUCUUACGCCAGUGAAUUAGUCCUGGGUAUUGGAACACUACUAACCGCCGUUAGUAUUUUCGCGUUUAGACGAACUUGGUUGGCUAAUGAUACAUACAAUUAUAAUCGUCUGGAUAAGUACUACAGGGGACUAGUAUUCAUAGGUGUUGCUAACCUUUGCUAUUACUUUUGUGUCGCCGUCAACUUUUAUACCAAAGAAGGAUAACUGGCAAGUAAGUUGUGCCGCAGAUGGAAAUGAACAAACUGAAAUGCGGGAGGAGGACAAAAAAUAUUAUAAUCACGAUGUGUCCUCAGGUGGUGCGGAGACUCCGGACUUGGAAGAAAUGAAAUCGAGUUUUGAUUGUUGUAGUAGUUUCUUUUGAUUGUCAAUCAGUGAAAUUCCCUAGAUAACUAAUUUGUAUGUCCAGAAUAAAGUGAUUGCUUGAUUUGCUAUAUGCUUAGUUUGUAAUAUGGCAAACACAUGUUUAAUUUGUAGCUAAAUGUAGUUUUUGUCAUUGU